UCAUCCAAUCGAAUUCAAAGCCGCAUGCUAUCACCAUUGUCGUCUCUUUUUAACAUGGUGGCAAUAUUGUGUUUAAACUAAAUUCCUACAUUUAUUCAGUUUCUGUACUUGUUUAACGUUAACUCAAAACAAAGAAAGCAACAAUAAUAUUUAAUGAGCAUUAUCAACAGUGCGACGUCCAAAGCUUUCCGUAAACAGAUGGAUACCUUGACUUGUUAAGUAUUCUGUGCGCAAAACUAACCUAACAAUUUCUUGUUUGUUACUGACAAUAUCUUAGUUACGAUGGAUCAAAUUAAUUCAAAGACUAAAGAAAAGAUCGACUUGGCGUGCCGAACUGCUGAAGAAUUCACCAAACUAUACUAUCAAACUAUCGAUCAUAGAAGACAUUUGAUGUCGAGAUUAUACCUUGAUACUGGUUUGUUUUCUUACAAUGGGAAUGGUGCAUCUGGAAAUGAAAUGAUUCAAAAGUUUGUAAUUGAAUUACCCCCUUCUGAACAUAUGGUUGUAACAUUGGAUGCACAACCAAUAUCUGACACUGUAGUUAAUGGACAACUGACAUUCGUGAUUCAAACAAGUGGGACUGUGAAAUAUCAAACUAAUCCGUCACAGAAUUUCCAACAGAAUUUUAUUAUUACUGCACAAGGAGAUAAAUGGAAAAUUGUCAGUGAUUGCUUCCGAUUACAAGAAUAAUUCCAUUUUUGAUACCUUUUGUAUUAUGUAUUUGAUUAUUGAUGAUGUUUAAAUAAAAUAUUGUUCUUCAA